UUCCCGCCAUCUUUUCGCGGGCAUUUAGGGCUCGUACGCUUUCUGCUCAAAGAGCUGGACAUAGCGUCUUCUGUUUCGAAGGGGAUGUAGGAAAUCGGGUCCAGAAUUUGUUGCAACGACACACCAGGUAGAUGUGGCUGUUCGAUUGAGAGAUUCAAGACCUGUAUAAGCAAAAGCACCGGAGCAUUUCGAAUUCCUACCUUGGUUAUGGCGAGGAAGAAACGAAGAUCGUCUGAUCAGUCGGAGGAGAAUUUACAGGAGCGUAAGAGCAGCGGAGAUCAAAAUGACCUCUACCAAGUUCUCGGUGUAGAACGCAAUGUUACUCAAGAGGAGAUACGCAAGGCGUACCAUAAGUUGGCCUUGCGUCUUCAUCCCGACAAAAAUCCGGACGAUGAGGGUGCGAAAGAGAAGUUUCAAUCUCUGCAGUCUGUGAUUGCCAUUUUGGGUGAUCCAGAAAAGAGAAAAGUUUACGACGAGACUGGUUCUGUAGAGGACGUGGAACUUUCUGGGGACUCUUUCAAAAAUGUUUACCAAUACUUCAGAGCCCUCUACAAACAGAUUACUGAGGAAGAUAUAGACUCAUAUGCUCAAGCAUAUAGGGGUUCCAAAGAUGAGAUCGCGGACCUGAAGAAUGAAUACACCCAUCAUAAAGGGAACAUGGAGUUAGUUUUCACGUAUUUGAUGUGCUCCGAUCCGAAGCUGGAUUCUCAUAGGUUUAUGGAGAUAAUUGAUUCCGCAAUUUCUGACGGUGAGUUGAAGGAGUACAACGUGUAUAGGAAAUGGGCAGAAGCAACUUCAAAAUUACCUGCUCCCUCCGACCCCCUCGCACUUCCUAACAGGAGGAAGAAGAGCUCAAAUGAUGUGAGAGACGGUCCACUAGCACUGAUCGCGAAGAGGAGCAAGGGACAAAUGGAUUCAUUAGUAAGUGCUUUGGAGGCAAAGUAUGGUGGGAAAGGUAAAGGGAAGAAAGGUAGCAAAGUGAAGAUAGACGAACCAUCAGAAGAGGAGUUUCAAGCAGCCCAUGUGCGUGUGAUGGGUUACCACAGGGACACCAGCAGUAAGGCACCGGCGCGCGCUCUGGAAACACGAAAGAAUAAUAAACGCAAGAGUGGAAAGCUCGACUGACUUAUCGUUACUUGGACCGCAUUUGUCUGCACUGAGAUCUCUUCCCUACGUCGGAAGCAGUGUUCAGAGAAGUCCAUUAGGUUUAGGAUUAUAUGGGUCCCAAAGGACUCAUCUGUAUUUACCUUCACACAUAGAUCCAGGGAUUGUCAUCCCAUUUACAAGUGCCGAUGCCCGCAUCUGAUGAACCUCUCUUUUGAAGAUCGUAUCGUGCUGCUCCAUUUCCUAUUAGACUCGGAAGAUUUGCCCCCAAACCACCUACCCCGUCAUCACGUAAAAUUUUCCUUGGAGUCUAUUCCCACCGUGCUGAUCUUCCAAGUCUUGCACACGACACACGAUCAUUUUAUCAUAUCAUUAGAGACAGUGACAAGACAAACAGGUUCAGUGUACUCAAAGUCCGUACACACCUGUUUCUAUGGAGUCUUGUAGACACCGUGCCGUGUUAAACGUGAGUUGUUGUCUAAUCUGGGCAACUAACGCAAAGCCAAAUUAACAGGGAGCAAAUGCGAGGAAGGCAGCGUGUAACAGAACAGUCCGUCCAUCAUCGCAAUCUUCUAAGCAUCAGCAUAACGAAGUAACGGCAUUCCUGCUUUGGAAGUGAAUUAUACUAUGACGUCAUUUCUCACACAUCGUUCUCUAGACUGAUACCCUACCGUUAAAUGGUGAGAGGGUCUGCUUGUCCCUUUACCUGGGAUUAACUCAGCGAGCUCUCAAUUUACUUUAGGGCUCUGAAGACUGCUGGUUCGAUGUUGAGGGGAAUUGUGACUGAGUUAUCUCCAUUGGCUUGAGGAAGAUCUUGCGCUCCGUUCACGAAUGGGCUAGAGGAUCUGAAGGCGCACUCUAUGACUGAAAAGACGUCAUGACAGGAAGGGGCAUAUGAUUCGGGAAUUGGCUGUUGAAGAGUAGAUAUAGUCUGUCCGGACUGUCGAAUGGUAGUCUGUGGCUUGCACCAGAUGUGUAACAGAUCUGUUCUUCAUAACG